AUGCUGGCCGCUCGAACGAGUGUACGACUACUGCAAACGGCUCCCCGGAUAGCCUGUGCGGGUGCCCUUCCGCUCGCUCGCCCUCCCGCCCCCUUCCCAUCUUCAUCAGUCCCGGACCUCUCUCGACGAAACUUCACGCGACACACGCCUCGAGGGCCCACGCGAACACCACCACCGUCAGAUGAGGGUCCUGUCGACGACGAGGCGGCGGCGCUGGCCAGGAUCAAGGACGUCAAGGGCGUGUACGACGAGGACAUCCCUGUCACCACCAUCGUCAUUGUCGAUCCUACGAACGGCUCUCUCCUUCCGCCAACGACGCUCCGUUCCGUCCUCGCAGCCCUCGACCGAGACCGGUACAAGCUCCUGCUCGUCGACCGGAAACACAAGCCGCCCAUCUGCAGGAUCAUCGACAAGCUGGAGGAGAAGAAGCAGGCGCAGGAGCGGAAGCAGAAGGAGAAGGAGCAGAAGGCCAACACUCGUACGCCGGGAGCUGGGUCGACGAAGGAGGUGCACGUCACGUGGGGAGUUUCGCCGCACGACCUCCAGCACAAGCUGAAGAAGGGCAGAGGGUUCCUCGAAAAGGGAUAUCGCCUCGUCGUCGUCAUUGAGUCGAAGAAGGGAGUGCCGCCGGUCGACAAGCAGGGCCAGAGUGCUGUCCUGAAGCAGAUCGCGACGAUUCUCGAGGAGGUCGGCAGGCAGGCGGGCCCGCCGAGCGGAACCUACCGGGAGACUCAGCUCGAGUUUGCCCCGAAGCCUCAACAACAACAACAACAGCAGCAGCAGCAAGAUGCAUGA